GUCAAUUUAAUGUCAAAGAUUUUUAAUUAUUCCAACACUUUGAAUUCUUACAAAAUUAUUGUUAAAUGCAAAUGAUUUUUAAGAGAAAUAUUUUUCAUUGUCAAAAUAAAUGUCAUUUUUAAUAUUACAAUAAUUAGAAGUCAUUCAGCAAUGAAUGAGAAAGCAAAGAAAACUUCUAAUGAAAAUUAUUGUAAACGACAUUUACAAAAAAGAACAUUGUCACCAAAUUGUGAGAGAGGGAAAGAAAAAAAUUUAUCUGAAUCAGAAAAUGGAGAUGGCAAGAAAAGAAAAAUUAUCAAAAAAUUUUCUAAGAAAGAUUACUUCACUGAUUUACAUUGUAAAAUGAUUGAUUUAGAAGCAACAUGCAAUUUUCCACAAAAUUCGAUGAAACAACAAACAAAAAUAAGAAAAAAAGGACAAAGCAUCAGCAAUGAUCGAAAGAAUAAGGAGAUUAACAUUAAAAUAAACAGCUAUCUAUCAAUGCGAAAGAAACGAGAGGAAUUUCGACAACAUGUUGUGAAUAUUAUUCUCGGCAAACAUAAUGAAAAGUCUAUUUGUGGAAAUUGGUUCACCGAAAAUGAUAUGAACAUUUUAAGAUAUUACUAUUACAUUAUGCAUGGAGUCGAUAGUACACAUGUCCCGCCAAUGGAGGAAACAAUUUUAAAAAAUAUUUUAAAAUUGGUACCACACAAAUGGCAAAAUAAAUUUAAGGAUACUAUGAAACAAGUUGUUAAAGAAGCAAUGGAGGACUAUACACUUUCAGUUAAAAAAUCGGUUGUCGACUUUGUCCUUCAAGAUCCUUUAAUUGAUGAGUCCAUCACCAAUGAUCAGAGUCAAAUUUCAAAAGAAAGAUACGAAAUAAAACAAUUCCCACCGGAACAUGCUGUGAAGUGUCGAAAAAUUAAAUCAAAAUUGAAAAAAAUUUUAUUAUUAAAUCAUCCUUGUAUGCGAAAAGCUUUAGAUGUUUGGUUUCAUGAAUUUGUUACAAUGAGGCAAAUUGACACAAAAGAAUUGGAAACUUUUGGUGAAUCCUACGAUCUGACAACAUUUGAAAAUCAUUUCUCAAAAAUGGCAAAUAAAAAAGGAACUCUACCCGAUCCUAAUGAUUCAAAUUUAUUGUCAAGAUUCUAUAACUGUUUGGCUUUCGUAAUGGAAAGUCAGUUGCAAAAUUUGUGUUUGAGAUCAAUGGAGGAUUAUGUAAAUUAUUUGCUAGAUUACCAUAAUUGUGGAUUUAAAUUAGAAGUAACGGUACGAAACAAAUGUAUCGGUUUUGAUCCAUCUUUCACAAAUUACACGGAUAUUCUUCUUGGAUUAUUAAAUUCUCUCGUAAAUGCUGUUUCCGUUUAUGCAAGAAUGGAAAUAAAACUUUACCAAAAUGUCCCUUCUUUUAGUAAUCGUCAAUCUCUCCAGCCUGUCAUUUUGAAUGAAAUAGUAAGGGAACAUAGUAAAAAAAUUACAGAAUUAAUUCAAGAACACAGAAUUGGCCCUGAACUUCAACAACAAGAUUUUGAUAUUUAUUCAUCAUUAAUUAACAACGAUGCGGGAAAAUUUGUUGAUGAAUUUCUAAGAGCAAAGCCACAACAUACUUUUCAAGAAUAUAACGAACUUAUUGGCAAAUAUGAUAAAUUAGCAAAAAAUAUUCCCAUCGAAUUUGAACGUACUGUUUUCACUGGGCUUUUUGAGGUUAAUAGAAGUGGAUUUUUAGAAUUCAUUGCUGAUAAAGCUAGAAAAUUAAAAGACGAACUUGUCAAUAAAAUGACUAUGGAUUAUCAAUAUAAAUCGAGAACAAUAGGAGAAGAAUAUCAGAGUAUAGCAAAUCGAGCCCUAAGCAAACCGCCAAAUACCGCGGAAUUAAUGAAGCUACGAGCUUUUGUGGAAAAAGCCGAAACAGAAAUGGUGAAAAAUUUGGAAAAUCGACUCAAAGAAGUAAUGGAAAAUAUUUUAUUUCUAUCAGAUUAUACCUUGUUGACACCAGUUGAAAUCAAGACCAACAAUUUUGCUUUUCAAUGGUAUCACAAAAUGCCUUCAAUUUUCGAGGAACAUCGAAAUAUUAUUGACAGUAAAACUGGUGAAUAUCAAGACGCUUUAGUGGAACGAGUUGAAAAAUUUCAACAGGAUCUUCAAUUGUAUUGGAAAUAUGCCAAUGAAAUGCAAUAUUGGGGCAAUGUUGACGAGAUUUUUCGAUAUAAGAAAAAAGCAACGAGAUUGGAAAGUCGACUUAUUGCCGCCAUGGAAACAAUUGACGAAUUCAAUGAUGAAGAACAAAUGUUUGGAUGGGAAUUAUCACAAUACCCAUUAAGAAAACAGAUUGCAGACAAACUUGGACCUUAUAAAAAGUUUUACGACGCAGCCUGUGAUUUUAUAUCAAACAACAGUAACUGGAUGAACUCAAUGGUCGGCUCUCAUGACCCAGAUGAAAUUGAAACAGUCUCUGGUACAUUGUUUCGUACUAUUUUAAAAUUGGAAAAAAAUUUUCAAGAGCCAGCUGUCAGAAAAUUGGCAGAAAAUGUACGUGCAAAUAUUGAGGAAUUUCGUGAACAUAUGCCACUUAUAUUGACACUUGGAAAUCCCGGAAUGAAAAAUCGUCAUUGGGAACAAGUUUCGGAAAUUGUUGGAUUUCCAAUUAAAGUUGAUGAUAAUAUGACUCUAGCCAAGAUAAUCGACUUUGGAUUGGACGAGUAUGUACCGAAAUUUGAAGGCAUCUCAGAGGCAGCAACUAAGGAAAAUAAUUUAGAGAAAGCCUUACUAAAAAUGCAUACAGACUGGACUGAAAUAGAAUUUAUGGCAAAUCCAUAUCGUGACACUGGUACUUUUGUAAUCGCCAGUAUCGAUGAUAUUCAACUUUUGUUGGAUGACCAUCUGACAAAAGCUCAAACUAUGAAAAAUUCUCUCUAUAUAAAACCAUUUGAAAAAGAGACACUAGAAUGGGAAGCCAAGCUACAUCUUCUACAGGAUAUUAUGGAUUAUUGGCUUAAAGUUCAAGCUACUUGGAUGUAUUUAGAGCCAAUUUUCUCUUCCCCUGAUAUUCAACAGCAAAUGCCGGAGGAGGGUCGUCGAUUCAGUGCUGUUGAUAAAAUUUGGAGAGAUAUAAUGUCAUCAGUGGUGGCAGAUCCAAAAGUAAUGUCAGUUGUUGAAAUCGAUAAAAUGCUCGAUCGGUUGAAGAAAUCAACAAAUCUAUUGGAUUUAAUUCAAAAAGGUUUAAAUGAUUAUCUCGAGAAGAAGAGAUUAUUUUUCCCAAGAUUUUUCUUUCUUUCGAAUGAUGAAUUAUUAGAAAUUUUAUCAGAAACAAAAGAUCCAAUGAGGGUUCAACCUCAUCUAAAGAAGUGCUUUGAAGGAAUUGCUAAAUUAAGUUUCACGGAACAGAUGGAAGUGACGAUGAUGAAAUCUUCUGAAGAUGAGCACGUAACUCUCGAGGAUAUAAUCGAUACUGUUGCAGCUCGAGGCCAAGUGGAAAAAUGGUUGGUCGAAUUAGAAACUGUUAUGAAGAAAAGUGUCCGAGCCCAGGUGAUUCGGGCAAAAGAAAGUUACCUGAAGAAAGAGCGUAACAAAUGGGUUCUCGAAUGGCCAGGACAAACAAUCCUUUGUAUUUCUCAACUUUACUGGACCGCAGACGUUACGAAUGCAUUUUCCAAUGCUCCACAGGGAUUAAAGGAUUAUAUAGAUGUGUGUAACCAGCAGCUUAAUCAAAUCGUUCUUCUUGUUCGUGGAAAGCUCUCUAAACAGAAUCGAACUACUUUAGAGGCUUUAGUAACAAUAGACGUGCAUUCCAGAGAUGUUUUAGUCGGUCUUUUUGAGCAAAAUGUGAAAGUCAGCACAGAUUUCAAAUGGCUCUGUCAACUACGCUACUAUUGGAUCGACGAAAACAUGCUGACAAUGAUGAUUAAUUCAUCAUUGAAAUACGGCUACGAAUAUCUUGGAAAUAGUUCUCGACUUGUGAUAACACCCCUAACUGAUAGAUGUUAUCGAACACUAUUUGGAGCUUUGAGCUUACAUCUUGGUGGCGCUCCAGAAGGACCCGCGGGAACUGGAAAAACGGAAACAACAAAAGAUUUAGCUAAAGCCGUUGCCAAACAAUGCGUCGUUUUCAAUUGUUCCGAUGGAUUGGAUUACAUUGCCUUAGGAAAAUUUUUCAAAGGUCUUGCAUCAUCCGGAGCCUGGUCAUGUUUUGAUGAAUUCAACAGAAUUGACCUGGAAGUAUUGUCAGUAGUUGCACAACAAAUUUUGACAAUUCAACGAGCAAUUAAUUCUGGUAAAUCGACUCUUAUUUUCGAAGGAACUGAAAUUGGUUUAGAUCCAACGUGUGCUGUUUUUAUAACAAUGAAUCCUGGUUAUGCUGGCAGAACAGAACUUCCUGACAAUUUGAAAGCUCUAUUUCGUUCUGUAGCGAUGAUGGUGCCCGAUUAUGGAUUAAUAGCAGAAAAUACUCUUUAUUCGUAUGGUUUUCAUAAUGCACGACCAUUAUCUGUAAAAAUUGUCAUGGCAUAUCAACUUUGCUCCGAGCAAUUAUCAACCCAAAAUCACUAUGAUUAUGGGAUGAGAGCUGUAAAAUCAGUCCUUAUAGCUGCCGGCAAUCUUAAACUGAAAUAUCCAAAUGAAAAUGAAGAUAUUUUAAUGUUACGAAGCAUCAAAGACGUCAAUCUUCCAAAAUUCUUGAGUCCCGAUAUUCCACUUUUUCACGGUAUCGCGUCAGAUCUUUUUCCAAAUGUACAGCUUCCAGAUCCUGAUUAUACGGAUUUAAAUGCAUGCAUUCAAGAGGCUUGCACCACAGCAAAUAUUCAAUGUACUCCAAUAUUUCUGGAAAAAAUUCAACAGAUUUAUGAAAUGAUGAUUGUACGCCAUGGAUUUAUGAUUGUUGGAUUACCAUUCGGUGGAAAAACAACGGCUUAUAAAAUAUUAGCUGAUGCUUUGGCUUUAUGUGAGGAACGUAAUUUAAUGAACGAACAUAAAGUUGAGAUGACGAUAAUUAAUCCAAAAUCCAUAACAAUGGGACAAUUAUAUGGACAAUUUGAUCCAGUUUCUCAUGAAUGGAGCGAUGGUGUUCUUGCCGUUAGUUAUCGUAGUUUUGCAAUUUCAACAAAUGAAAAUAGAAAAUGGUUAAUAUUCGAUGGACCAAUUGAUGCCGUUUGGAUUGAGAAUAUGAAUACUGUUUUGGAUGAUAAUAAAAAAUUAUGCCUAAUGAGUGGAGAAAUCAUUCAAUUGGCAACGACCACAAAUUUAAUUUUUGAAACAAUGGACUUGGAAGUCGCGUCUCCAGCAACUGUAUCACGUUGUGGUAUGAUUUAUAUGGAACCAUCGGCUUUAGGAUGGGAACCGCUAUUAAAAUCAUGGAUUGAAACAACGCCGAAAAUUUUCAGCACUUUUUUAAAAAACUUUUUAUACGAAUCUUUGUUUAUUAGAUUUUGUAAACCAUUGUUUUUUUUACUUCGACGUGGUGGAGUUGAGGAAAUGUGUCCAAUGCCAGAUUCAAAUUUACUUCGAUCAAUAACACAUUUAAUGGACUGUUUCUUUGAUGACUAUGAAGAUGAAAAAUUUGCAAAAUCCAUUAGUGAAUUGGAUCUGCGAGCUCAAGUUGAAGGAUCUUUCUUUUUCGCUUGUAUUUGGGCAAUGGGUGGAACUUUAAAAGCUCAGUACAGAGAAACAUUUAGUAUUUUGUUUCGAGGACUUUUAGAGAAACAAUUUCCAGAUUCUCUAAUGCGACAAUUUCAAUUGCUUGAAUCCGUUCCUCCACCUCAUAAACCCUAUAUUUUUGUUAUGCCAAAAGAUGGUCUUGUCUUUGACUACAAAUUCAUCCGAGAAGGCAAAGGAAAAUGGAAAUUGUGGAGCGAUGAAUUAAUAAAUACACCGCCAAUACCGAGGGAUAUUCCUGUGAAUCAAAUAAUUGUACCCACUAUCGAGACAAUAAGAUACACGGCACUUUUUCAAUUAUUGGUUCAACAUCAAAAGCCAGUUUUAUUUGUUGGUUCGACAGGCACUGGAAAAUCUGUCUACAUUAUUGAUUUUUUAUUAAAGAAAAAUGACGCUAAAAUUUAUAAGCCAUUGAUUAUUAAUUUUUCGGCACAAACAACAGCCAAUCAAACGCAGGAUAUUAUAAUGACAAAACUCGAUAGAAGAAGAAAAGGAGUUUAUGGUCCACCAAUUGGUAAACGAUGGGUUAUUUUUGUCGAUGAUGUGUCAAUGCCAAUGAAAGAAAUUUAUGGUGCACAACCGCCAAUUGAACUUCUUCGACAGUGGUUGGAUCAUUGGUUAUGGUACGAUCGAAAGGAAAUUACACCUUUGAAUUUAAUAGAAAUUCAAUUAAUGUGCGCCAUGGGUCCACCAGUUGGCGGGGGAAAAGACGUGACACCGAGAUUUAAAAGACACUUUUUUGUACUGACAAUUUCUGAAUUUGAAGAUGAUGUUAUGAUUACUAUUUUUAGUAAAAUUGUUCUCUGGCACUUGGAUACAAGAGGAUUUAGUAAAGAAUUUGAUCCGUGCAUCGAUCAAAUUGUACUUGCGACUUUGGAUAUUUAUAAACAGAGUUUAAAAAAUCUAUUGCCAACUCCUGCAAAAUCUCACUAUAUUUUUAAUCUUCGUGAUUUUUCAAGAGUAAUUCAGGGCGUUUUACUGUCAGUUCCUGAAACAAUGCCUUCAUUGGUGAAUAUGAAGAGACUUUGGGUUCAUGAGGUUCUUCGCGUUUUUGGCGAUCGUCUUGUAGAUCAAUCAGAUUUAAAUUGGCUCAUAAAACAAUUGCACACUACCGUUAAAGAACAAAUGGAGACGGAUAUGAAUAUUAUGUUCGAAGAUCUCUUACAAGACAAUAAAAAAUCGGUAAGUGACGAUGAAUUAAGAAGACUGGUUUUCUGCGACUUUACUGAUCCAAAAGCAGAUGUUCGAUUAUAUCAAGAAGUUGUUGAUUUGGAAGCCUUACGUGGAAUUGUUGAAACAUAUCUGACCGAGUACAACUCGAUGACAAAGAAGCCAAUGAACUUGGUACUCUUCAGAUUUGCCAUUGAACAUUUGUCAAGAAUUUCACGCAUCAUAAAGCAACCGAGAAGUCAUGCUCUUCUAGUUGGUGUCGGUGGUUCUGGAAGGCAAUCAUUAACAAGAUUAGCGUCACACAUUUGCGACUAUGAUGUUUUUCAAGUCGAAAUUAGUAAACAUUAUGGAAUGCACGAAUGGCACGAGGAUAUUAAAUUGAUUUAUAAAAAAACAACAAAUUCCGAACUUCAUUCAACUUUUCUCUUCACUGAUUCGCAAAUUAAGGAGGAGAGCUUUUUAGAAGACAUCAAUAAUAUUCUCAAUUCAGGCGAG